AUGCGUCUCGUUGGACUUGUCUCCUGCUUACUGGUGUUUGUAGCUACAGCAAAAGCUCAACGUUUCGUUCGAUUCAUCUCGACAGACGGGCACGAGUAUUAUGGCGACGCUAUUCUACCUGAAGGCUCUUUCGACGCGGCUCUAAGCACCAGCGCCCAUGUCAUCAAGGGAGACAUCCUUGGAGAGUAUACAAUCACGAAGGAGACAAAGGCAAUCAAGAAACUCCUUGGCCCACUGCCUGCAGAAAGAAUUCGGUCGGUUCGCAUGGUGGGGUUGAAUUACGUUGCUCACAUCAAGUGGGUCUCCGGUGUUUAUGGUCGAAAACUCAUCAUAACUCUUUCAAGUGAAACGAACGCCACAAUACCUGGAUGGCCAAUUCUCUUCUACAAGCCCUUCACGGCUCUCAAUACGCCCUCCGAUGACAUUUUGGUGGCAAAGGGUUACCAAAACCAGACGAACGCGAACGGAAGCCUUUUCGUAUCGAGACUAUGCCAACCAGAAACUGAACUUGUUGUUGUGAUGAAAAAGAAAGCAUACAACAUCACGGAGGCCGAAGCUCUUGAUUAUGUUUUGGGGUACACAGUUGGUAAUGAUGUCAGCCAUCGCGGUUGGCAAGUUGAACGUGGAGGCCUGCCUCAGCCACAAUUCUCGAUGGGUAAAGACGCAGACACAUGGGCACCGUGGGGUCCUGCAAUCGUGUCCACCAAUCUCAUCAAGGAUCCUCAAUCGCUAAACCUGUGGACCAAGGUCAAUGGAGUUACGAUGCAGAAUGACACCACUGCAAACAUGAUUUUUGGGGUGGCACACCUCGUAUCAUUCUUCUCAAUGGGAAUAACACUUCAAGUUGGCGACAUCAUCUUCACUGGCACGCCUAAAGGCGUGAAUCUCGGCAAAGAAAAUCCUGUUUGGUUGACCGAUGGUGACGUCGUCGAAGUCGGGCUGGAAAACGUUGGCACAUGCACCAAUACGAUUCGCCAUCUCAACAACUAA